AUAUCUUCCCGUGAGUCCCCGAUCUUGAUCGUAGACGUUUGCGUGUAUGAUUAGUGUACGGUCAAAUCGGGGGCGUCAUAGAAGCGCUAUUAAAAAGACAACGUGAAGCCUAUCAAAAAAUGAAAUCAUCGAUAGGUAAAAUUUGCAUCAAAACAGUCAAAAAUGUUCAUUCUUUACAUGUAACAAACAAGCACUCUGACAAUGUUGCCACUUUCGUGUGAUUCAACAGAGAAAAUCAACAGUACACAUGCUAAUGAUAUUGAACGAUAUGCUCACAUGAAUAACAAUAAGGAUGCACUACUAGAAAGUAAGCGUGAAGCCUAUCAGCAGACAGAAUCAUCGACAUGUAAUAAUUACUCGGCACCAAUCGGAAUUAUUCAUUAGCCGAGAUCACACAAUCAGUACUCUUAUGUUGUUUGUGCACUUAUCAUGUGAUUUCAACAGAGAAGAUGGAAAUUAAACGUGCUAAUGAUAGGGAGUGGUAUGCCGGUAUGACUCAUGAGCAAAAGCAUGCAAAGAGCGCUCAACGCACAUCAAGGCGCAACACUCUCAGCCAAGAUUCCUUGGCCAUGGAGAACCCAUUUUACACCUCGAAGAUAGUUCGUGAAAAUGCAAGUUUAUUUGGUCCCAAUGGCUCCGUAGUCAGACGUGAUUGGUCUAUUCCCGAGCUCAUUGGUUCCCCUAUUUAUAUCCAACCCACUUCUGAGGAUAUAUCAUGUGCGGAGACGCCAGAUAUGGGUGUCAGUACGGAACCAUGGAGAAAACAUGUGACACCCAGAGAAAGGCAAGCUUUGAUGGAUCGUCAAAACCAAGCUUUCCAUGCGAAUGGUAGGAAGAAUAGACCCACGUCGAUGGAUGAAAACUCGUCGAUUGCCCCAGACAGCAUAAAUGGGUUUGAACAUCCACCACAAUCGGUCAUCAUUAACAACGAAAGUACAUUGAGAAUGUGCGAUCCAGGCGAAAUACAUCUAGCACCCAAUGAUGGCGUGAAUGAAUCAUUAGAUCAAAAUCCAGCGAUGACUGUGGAAGGUGUCAAUGAUUUUGAACUUCCUUCACAAUCUGUCCUUGUCACUAAUGGUGAUGAAGAGGGUGUCAUAUUGGAGGAAGACUCGGAAGACGAGGAAGGCUACAUGUUUGCCGGGAUGGAUGAGGACAACGACGAGGAUGUUGAAAUGGAGGAGGUUGACGAUGAUGACGACUCUGCUUCUAUUUCAAACAUUCCAGAUCCGUAUGAUAUGGUUUAUAGAAAACUCCCAACAGAAACACACAAGCUGAAGUCGGUGGAGGACUGCAAACACUGCUGUGCAAAGAAGUUUGAGCGUGAGUCCAAGAGUUUUUGUUGCCGUAAGGGGAAGAUCAAACUGGCCAACCCAGAUACGCCACCCGAGCUCAUGAGGCUAUGGACAAGUGCAGACUCUGAUGCCAGGCAUUUCCGUGGCAAUAUCAGGUUUUUCAACGGCCACUUCUCAUUCACCUCACUAUAUUGUCACCUUGAUAGUGAUACCACUAACAUAUCAAAGCAUCCUAUCUAUACAUUUCGUGCCCAUGGCCAAAUGUACCACGACAUACAGUCAUUCGGCAAACAAGAUGGAUUGGAUCGUAGUCACUUGGAGCUCUACUUCUAUGAUGAUGACCCCAGUUUAGAACACAGAUAUCGCAGUUGCCGUAAAGAGAAGUGCCAGAAAGACAAAGAAGUAAUCACACAAUUGGUCAACAUACUUCGUGGCAACCCAUACUCUGAACACCUCGGAGUAUGGGCCAUGUUGAUGAUGUUGAUGACUAUCGCAUACCACUUAACCUUGACCAGCGGAUGGAUCAAAGAACAUAUAAUGCGCCAACCACUUCAGAAGUAGCCACUAUGUGGGUGGAGGGUAGUGAACGUCGAAGACAAUUCGAUAAUAGCGUCAUCCUGCAAGGGAAGAAUAGAGAUAUAUACGGCAUCAAGUCCUACCAUGGAUGCUAUGAUGCGUUGCCGUACCCUCUUUUCUUCCCUAGAGGUGAACUUGGGUGGCAUACUGAUAUCCCGAAGGAAGGUGUGCCCUAUGAAACCGUGAUGGCAGCUCGUGCAGCUCGUCUAGCUCGUGGCCUUAACAAUAGGUCCUCCAAUCCCACAAUCAGUGAGAAUGCUGCUGCUGCUGAUGAUGCAGGUUAGUGUUGCAAUAAGUUGUUACAUCACCGUCCAUUUAAGGUGUGCUUUCAAUCAACAUGACCAUUGUUUUCAAUUUUCUACACAGCUUCUGGAGGUAGGCUAUGUGUGUCUGUGAGGGACUACUACUGCUACAAAUUCCAGAUGCGUCCUGGGAUAUUCAACCCGAUCCUCUUUGGUAAGCGUCUUUUCCAACAGUUCGCGGUCGACACAUACAUCAAGAUUGAGAACUCCCGGUUGGACUGUAUAUGGGGUCAUCAAGAUAAAAUAAGGGCAGACCUGUACCAAGGCUUGGUGGAUAGCUUACAUGCCGGUGAGGGUAGGGAAGAUUCCAUUGGAAAACGCACAGUUCUAGCUACGUCAUUUAUUGGUGGUCCACGAGACAUGAGGCGUCACUACAUGGAUGUUAUGGCCUUAGUUAGGCGGUAUGGCAAGCCAGACAUCUUCCUCACAAUGAAAUGCAACCCAAACCGGGAUGAGAUUAGGAAGGAACUGUACCCUGGCCAGAUACCUCAAGAUCGUCCAGAUCUCAUCGUCCGUGUUUUCAGGGCGAAGUUGGAGGAACUCAAGAAUAAGCUAUUUAAAAAGGAUAUCUUGGGCAAGGUGAGGGCUUAUGUGUAUGUGGUGGAGUUCUAGAAGAGGGGCCUGCCUCAUGCGCACUUCCUGCUCAUCAUGGGGGGCCGAUAAAAGCUCACUUGCCCUGAGCAGUAUGUUCGCCUUAUCUCAGCCGAGCUCCCCAACAAGAAGAAGUACCCAGAACUGUACAAGUUGGUCGUGAAACAUAUGAUGCAUGGACCUUGUGGUGCUUUGAAUCAUGAAUGCCCUUGCACAAAGGGUCAUCCUUCUUGCAAGAAUCACUAUCUGUGACCUUUCAAUGCGACUACCUUACAAGGCAAGGACUCCUACCCGCUAUACAAACGAUGUGAAGAUGGAUGUAAAGCAAUGGUUCGAAAGGAAUGGCUAGAUAAUAGGUGGGUCGUCCCAUACAACCCGCACCUCUUGCGCUACUUCAAUUGUCACAUCAAUGUUGCGGCAUGCAAAAGCAUAAAGGCCGUUAAAUACCUAUUCAAGUACAUAUACAAGGGCCAUGAUCGAGCGUCUAUUGCUGUAAGUGAGGCUGACAAAAAUGGAGACAUAGAUGAGAUCAAACAGUAUAGAGACGCUAGGUGGGUCACUCCUCCAGAAGCAUUGUGGAGGAUAUAUGGAUUUGAAUUGAGUAAGAACUCACCACCCGUGAAGCAGCUACAACUCCAUCUACCAAACAUGCACAUGGUGUCAUUCCAAGCGGCCCAAAAUAUUGAACCGUGAAGGUGUUGAGAAGUCGAUGAUUACAGAGUACUUUGAGGAAAAUAGGUUACAUGAGGAUGCUCGUUCUAUCUUGUACAGGGACUUCCCCGAGUGGUACACCUGGCAGACAAGUAAGAACAAAAAAUAUUGGAGAAGAAGGGUAUGAGAUACAGGUGGACAAAUUGGAAGAAUUGUGUCAGAUCAUCCCGCCGAGGGGGAACGCUAUUACCUGCGGGUCCUCCUAAACCAUGUCACUGGCGCCACCUCUUAUGAGGACCUAAGGACGGUUAAUGGUGAGAUCCUACCAACCUUUCGUGAAGAUGCCGAGAGAAGGGGAUUGAUUGAAGGAGACAACACACUGGAUGAGUCCCUCACUGAAUCCACAUUAUAUAAGAUGCCAUCAUCUCUAAGGAGGCUCUUUGCAAUGAUACUGGUAUUCUGUGAGCCAAGUGAUGUGCACAGACUCUGGGAGAAGCACCUAGAUGCAACGUCAAAAGUCUAUCGUCGUAGCAAUCCAUCCAAAGUUGCAGUUGAGAAAAUGGUUCUAAUAGAUAUCAGGAAUAUGCUACAAUCAAUGGGCAAGGAGAUAGAGUCAUUCCCUCUUCCCGAUAUCCAGGAAGAAUAUGACACUUCUAGUGGUGUGACAAGGGAGAUCUUCGAGGAAUCCGCCAUAGAGCUCAACAUUGAGGACACAUAUCUAUCAGAUUCACUUAAUUUAGAUCAAAGGGCCGCAUACGAUGAAAUUAUGUGUGUUGUUGAUCGUGAUGAGGGUGUUGUGUUCUUUGUGGAUGGACCUGGAGGCACCGGAAAGACUUUUUUGUACAAAGCACUGCUUGCUACGGUACGUGGGCAGAACAAGAUUGCUAUAGCGACAGCUACGUCUGGUGUUGCUGCUUCCAUAAUGCCCGGAGGGAGAACAGCUCAUUCACGGUUCAAGAUACCGCUAGGCAUCGAUGAUGGUGGGUUUUGUAGCUUCACUAAAUAGAGCGGGACCGCCAAGCUCCUACAGUCAACUUCUCUCAUUAUUUGGGAUGAGGAUUCCAUGGCAAAGAGACAUGCAGUCGAGGCGUUGGACAAUAGUAUGCGCUAUGUGAUGAGCCGACUAGACCCGUCGUUCGGUGGGAAGACAGUUGUGUUCAGCGGAGAUUUCAGACAGGUCAUUCCUGUUGUCCGUAAGGGGUCUAGGGCUCAGAUAAUUAAUUCAUCGCUACGUAGGUCUUACCAUUGGGAUUCCAUGCGCCACCUUAAGUUGGUACGCAAUAUGAGGGCACAUAGUGACCCAUGGUUUGAAGAGUAUCUAUUGCGCAUUGGUGAUCGUAAGGAGGAGACCAACGGAGAUGGCGACGUCCGUCUUCCAGACGAGAUAUGUGUGUCGUCAACUGGGAAGGACACUAACAUUGAUUCACUAAUAGACAAUACUUUUCCAAGCCUCGGUGCUAACACGUCAGACCCAGACUACAUCACCUCCAGAGCAAUCUUCUCGACACGGAAUGAUUGCGUGGAUAGGAUUAAUUUGAAGAUGAUCAGUCGAUUCCAGAGAGAUGAGAUGGUGUACCAUAGUUUUGAUUGUGCGGUGGAUGACCCUCAUAACUACUAUCCUUCUAAAUUCCUUAACACGUUGACCCCUAAUGGCCUGCCCCCGCAUGUGUUGAAGCUCAAGAUUAACUGCCCUGUCAUAUUGCUCAGGAACAUUGACCCUGCAAACGGACUUUGCAAUGGCACGAGGUUGGUGGUUCGAGGGUUCCAAAGGAAUGUCAUCGAUGCAGAAAUUGUCCUUGGCUAACAUGCUGGAAAAAGGAUCUUCUUGCCAAGGAUCCCCCUUUGCCCCUCUAAUGAUGAGAUGUUUCCUUUUCAGUUCAAGAGGAAGCAAUUUCCAAUAAGGCUCAGCUUCGCCAUGACGGUGAACAAGGCAUAGGGACAAACUAUCCCGAAUGUCGGUAUUUACUUGCCCGAGCCGGUGUUCUCUCACGGGCAGUUGUAUGUUGCACUAUCUAGAUCCACCGCUAGAAAGAACGUCAAGAUUCUUGCCAUUCCUGAUGCUGGUAAUAAGAAAAAUAACUCAGAUGACAGCAAAAAGAAGAGUUCAACUUGCAGCAAAAACAAGAGCUCUGAUAGUCCUGUUGGUACGUACACGAAGAACAUCAUCUAUAAAGAGAUCCUUACAUCAUAGGUGGGAAAUUUGGCAGUUAUAUUUCCACUCUAUUUUUUAUUAUCUAUAUGGCUAUAUUUUAUUUCACGAUAAAAUUAGAUAAUGAAAUAGUUUUUAUUUAAAUUAUCUGAUAUUUAUUUUGUGCAGGUCACCUCCGUCAUAUGGAGUCAUUUGUGUUUAACUUGCAUCUUGUUAUCAUGUGUUACUGAGAGAAGCCGGACCAGUGAACCGAAGUGCAAAUUCUUGAGUGCAUGAAUACCAGAACUAAAGUGAAAAUUCUGCUUGUCUUUUGAUAUGUUUUCUCUCGAGUAGAGGAAGAUGGUUCAUGUCCAAGCAAAUCACCUACCUGCAAGCUUCUUGACAUCUCACUAAUUCGAGAUUUUAUUCUCUUCACUCUUUUCUCAUAUGUAAAAUCAAAAUAAUACUUUCAAUGUAGUUGAUGUAUAUACUUUUAAUUUAAAUAUGAAGA